AUGGCAUCUUCAAGUUCUGAAAGACAGUUUUGCUAUGGACCCGAGGAUCCAUCACUACUCUUUCAUCAAAACGAACACAUUUUAGCCUCAUUGAUGGUUGAUGGCACAUCAAAUGUUUUCAGAGUUCGUCGGACAAAAAGUAAGGUUUGGGCAGUGCCAAUACAUGAAAAUGUGAAGUAUUGGCUUGAUGUAUGGGGUUUCAAAGGUAUGUUGGAAUGUAAUAGGCCAAUGAGGAUGGACAAUGAGCUUAUCACUGCCCUGAUCAAGCGCUGGAGGCCUGAGACACACUCUUUCCACCUACCAGUUGGAGAAGCUACCGUAACCUUACAGGAUGUGCAAAGCCUGUGGGGUUUGAGAGCAGACGGGCGUGUUUUCACUGGCUAUGACUACCCUACCGGAUAUGAAGAUUGGCCCAGCAAGUGUCGAGAUAUGUUGGGAUGGAUACCUGACAUAGACACAGAAACAAAGCAGGGCGGUUUGUUAAUGACAUCUCUGAUCCACCAAGCGACGCUACCUUUGGGUGAUGGGCUGCAUGAUUAUGCAUACGUCCAAAGGGCACGUAUACAUGCCCUGAUCUUGUUAGGGGGACUUAUUAUACCAGACACCACAGGGUGCAAGGUCCCCUUUAUGUGGUUAAAUGCCUUUGACGAUCCGAACCAAGUGGCUAAUAUCAGUUGGGGAAGUGUUGCUUUGGUGUUUUUGUAUCAUUACUUAUGGGAGGCUUCUGUAGGCAGACAGAAAAGGGAUUUGGGUGGACCUAUGGUUCUUUUGCAGCUAUGGGCGUGGGAAAUAAUGCCGACAUUGAGGCCAUCCUUUAUGAUAUCGCCUACGCACACGCCGUAUACCCCGUGUGGAGCCAAGUGGCACGGAGUUACUGAAAUAGGAAAUGCUCCCCGAUAUUCAGUUGCUCACUAUCGUGAUCAAUUAUCACUGAUUCGUCUCGGCCAGUUUCUGUGGACACCGUAUGUAGAUUGUAUCUUGCCUGAUUACUGCAUUGAUUCGACUGCAUCCUUCUUGUGCGACACUUACUUGGUGUGCUGGAUGCUACAGAAUGCCGGACAUUUGUGUAAAAGUCACCAUCGUGGGAUGAAGGGCGCUGAUUGGGCAAAGAAACAUAAGUUCUUCAUUGAUGAGUGGGAUAUGAGACACGAGAGGUUCCAAUCAACUUUUGACCAUGCAACGGCGAGCAUGGGCGGUCGCAUUAAUCCGGGCUAUAUGGCGUGGUACAAUAGGAUCACGGUGUCAUACCUAACUCAACCUGGGACACAGUCAACUGCUGGGAUGAACGAGUCAACCUCUUCUAUGAAAGUAUUGGUUGAGAUGGCUCAGGGGGUGGACACCGGUAUACACGACAGUAUAGAUUGUCGCAGUCGCAACAGCCGCAGCCUGUAUGCAGAACCAGAGCCACUGAGUCCAGAGUACGAUGCCCCUAGUUGGUCUGUCUACCCAGGGUCACAGUCCCAGAUGGGUGGUUCAAGCCACGACUACUCGCAAUGGGGAACACGAUUAUCAUGUGAUUCAUUCUUUGACGCUGGUACUGAUUGGGAUGUAGCUAGAGCACGACGUGAUUCAUAUUUCCAGAAUUACCAAUUUGUGGCUCCUGUGGGAGAAGAAGAGUGUCACGCCCGCAUUUUCUAA